GGAUGAUGUGAGUGGCUGGCGCACAAUGAUCUCUCCCCCCACACACUCUCUCCACCACACUCCCACACACCACUCGCAGUCCAGCCUCAUAGUGCUCGUGAUGGUGCUGGACACGGUCGGCCUGCCGCCCAGCGACGCCUCCUUCAUCAUCGCCGUCGACUGGAUGAUCGAGCGGUUCCGCACGAUCGUGAACGUGAUCAGCGACAGCGUGGGGGUGGGCAUCGUGGACCACCUGAGCCGAGGGGAGCUGGAGGAGGCGGACCGGCAGGCGGAGGCGCUGGGCAUCGGCCGGCGGCGCAGCUCCAUGCGCUACGGCAGCUCGCAGGUGGUGGCCGAGCUGGCGGCGGCGGUCCGCAGCCAGGAGGCGGCCUCUCUCCUGGGACACCGCCCCAGCCGCGAGAACAACGUGACCCUGCACGUGCCGGAGGAGCGGUGACGCGCGUGGCGUGGUCCACCAACAACCCGGAGACUGCAUUUUGGUCUCAGACAGUGUUUGUUCUAUUAACCUUCAACCUGAUUGAAAACCCAUCAGUUAAAGGUGUCCACGUUAAAGCCACAGACAUUUAAUGUCAUGUCUUGAUGAAGUAGCAUGGCUUCUGGGUUGUGGCCGUGUUCUUGGCAAAUAGUUCACCGACGGUUUCGGUCAAUAAUGCAGUCGCCUGUAGGUACAGUAGGUAACUGCUCCCUGAUGAUGGUGACUGCAAUGCCGACCGAAUCACUCGGUGAACUAUUUGCCAAGGACACGGCCACAACCCAGAACCCAAGCUACUUCAUCACAAUGACCGUGAAAGCCUGCGAACAUUAUUAUUCAUAUAGUGAUUUUGGACUUUACUGAAAUCAUCAUACUAAGAGACACCUACUAUCAAUACACAUAAUCUGUGAUUCCUGCCUUUUCGAAGAUAAAUUAUUAUUUUUUUAACAACUAAACUUUUGUUCCGGCCUAAAAUUCUUUUGAAACCAACAUGACUUAUGUUCCCAAAAAAAGGAAAAGCUGACAUGCUAAUUUAACUUUGUGAAAUGUCGUUUGAUGGAAGCAACUAUUGCAUUGAGUAAAUUUUGGAGUUAUCGUAUUACUUUGUUUAUGUCAAGGGAUCAAUACAGUAUGUGAUCGAUGUUUCAUGAAUUUCGAAUAAAAAAACAUUUCAUGUGUAAUAUUGUAAAUUUGCACUUAUUUUUUUUUAAAUAAAUAAGUGAGUCUAUUCCAGAGUCAAUAUUUAGCAACACCUUCUAUUCAUAUCAGCUAAAUUGAAAAGAUAUAUUGGAUAGUCUUAAGCUAAUGUGGCUCCAUGCGCGGAGAAGAAAAAAAAUAUGAAUUAACAUUGAAUGAAAUGUUAUUACAUAUUUGGGGAAGAAUCACUUAUACAAGCUGCCAUAACAUGUAAAAACAUUCUUGUAACAAAUCAGUAAAGUACAAUUAUAUAACUCGCAAACAUUUUCCUGUUGCUUCUUUAAUUAAAUUAUUAAUUAAUUUCAAAGCAUUCUUCGCACUAUUACAAGUUAUUAGAGAAUACGUUUUGAACAUGAACUCACAAGAGCAAUCUUCGUACAGCAAAGAAGCCAUUAAACACAGUUUUAUUAUUUCCACGUAUAUUCAUCCUGAUUGCAACGGAAUAUAGAACAAGAAAAUUUAAAACCAGGGAUAAAUUAUAUGAAAAACUUAUUACCUAAAUACAACUAAUAAGAACGAUAUCUUUAUUCGACAUUAUUUUUUCAUUCAAAAGACCGCCAACUUAUUAGAACGUGCCAAAUGUUUUUGACAUAAUUUUUUUAUAUUUUCAAAUAUAAACUUGAUCCUUUUUUUAAAUUGAUGACAACCUAAAUGACAUAUUUUAAAACAAAUAAAUCUGUGCUAUGAUUUUCCACACUGUACAUUUUUUAAUUAAUACAAAUCGGAUGCGGAAACGAAGCAUCCACUGAUGUUUGUUUUAUUGAAUGUUAGAUGUUCGUCAUUUUUUAAAAUUUGUGUUUAAGUAAAACCAACUAUCCCAAGUGGGAGAUUACGAUUGCUUUGAUUAGGCAGAUUUGUACUUUAACUUAUUUGUAUGUAAAUUUACCAAUAGUUUUUUUAAAUAAACAGUAAAUUUAGGCAAAAAUGAA